UAAAUAUAUAUAUUAUGAAUCAAGCACCAAGUUAGAAUAGUUAAGUUACUCAAAAUGAAGAGUUUACCUUCUUUGAUUCAAAAGGAUUGGAUAUGCUAAUAAAAUAGAUGGGAUUUGAGGAGGUGGUGUAAUUUGAUGAAAAGCCUAGAUAAAUGAUUAUUGAUAUUGGAAAUGAAUUUAUUAAUAAAUUGCUGGAAGAGUCUAUGAGAGUGAGUUAAAAGCGUUAAUAAUAAAACGAAGACUUAAAAAAUACAAAACCAAAACUUGCAUUUUAGGAUGUAAAAUUUGCAUUAGGUAAAUAUGUUAAAAAUAAAUAGAAAAUUGUUUAAGAAUGCCUCAAUAAAACUUUAGUAUUGAAAAAGACAAUUGAUUAUAUAUUAUAAGAAAUCCAAAAU